UAAUCAAAAGCUGCCAGCCAGAGAAAUGGUUUGUCUUUUGACUUUUUAUGCUUACGUUUGAAGCUUUUCUAUAUAACAGGGACCCAAGAUCCCACUUUUAUCAUCAUCACAGCUUCUGGAGAUUCCCCGGCUUUUUAGUUGAAAGCAAGAAGCAAAAAUGGAGGCACGGACUCAUCUUCUCUUGGUUUCUCUUCUUCUCACUUGCUUGAUUCAGAGUAUUAAUGGGACUGUUUUAUUCUCUUCACUGAAAAAAACACUUGUGGUUACUGCCUCACCAAAGCCAGGAGAAGUAUUGAAAGCUGGAGAGGGGAAGAUUAGAGUUUCAUGGGGGGUUAACCAGACCCUCACAGCUGGUACUGACUCAGCCUACAAGACAAUCAAGGUCAAGCUAUGCUUUGCACCGAUCAGCCAAGUAGACAGGCCAUGGAGAAAGACUAAAGAAGAGCUUUCCAAGGACAAGACCUGCCAGUUCAACAUUGUGUCCAACCCAUACGACUCUGCAAACAAAACUGUUCAAACCCAUGAGUGGACCAUCGAACGUGACCUGCCAACGGGCACUUACUUUGUUCGCGCCUAUGCCUUGGACUCUAAUGGCGAUGAGGUGGCUUAUGGUCAAAGUACCGAUGCUAUGAAGUCCACCAAUCUCUUUGAGAUCCAGUCAAUCACUGGCCGUCACAUGUCGCUUGAUAUUGCUUCGAUUGUCUUCAGUGCUUUCUCUGUCGUCUCCUUGUUUGGCUUCUUUCUCAAUGAGAAGAGAAAGGCUAAGAGGUCCCAAGAGAAGUGAGGAGAGACUGAGAGAAUCCCUUUUUAAUUCCAUCAUAGAAGUGGCUUACAUGUUUGAAGUUUUUGAUUUCAUGUCUGUAAUGGGGGUUAGUAUUGCAGAAAGUGUUGGAAGGUGGGGGUGUGAGGAAAAAUGUUUGUUUCACCAACGUUAGAAUAUAAUAUGAAUCCGUCAGCAUUGUUACUCUCUGCAAAAA